AUGCCAUCAGAAAACUGGUGGGAGGACGAGCUAGAGUACGACGCGAUCACAGAGAUACUUGAGCCCAAGCGGGUCUCCCUCCUCACGCCGCAGCAGUGCGCCAGCUCCGGCGCCGCGGCCGCCGCCAUGGGCGACCCGCCGUUUGCCGCGGCAUUCGCCAGCGCGGCGGCGCGCGAGGCGGCGGAGCGGCUGUGGGCGGAGCUCGGGCGGGCAG